UUCUUUUUCGUUUGAACAAACUGUGUGGACGCGUUUUUAUCGUUUUAUCGUGUGUCACGACAUACGAGUUGGCAGUGCGCGCAGUUUAUUCGGUUAAUUAGGAGCCAAAGUGAAUUCAAUCAUUAAAUUUUACAGUUUUUCAUAAAUAUACAUUAAUUUUAUAAAAUUAACAACUUAGACAUUAUAGAAAGUGCGACGCCACGCCCCGCUACACAACGGCCCAUCAGUUUUCAGUUCAGUUGUGUUUUUAUCUAGAAAACGUUACCGAGCCCAGAAUCAAAAUGUUUCAGCCAUAGGAAUAGACGCCCGUUCGAAUAUCUAUAUAUAUCUAAAGUGAAAGAUUUGUCGGGCAUUCCUAGGGACCUGACAAAAAAAGACAACCAAAACUAAAACAAAAGAUAAGAAGUACUCUUACUGCAUUUGAGGACAGCGUCUGCAAAAGCAAGUACAAAUACUUGAACAAACGUUAAGACGAGUCUGGAGAAUGGUUAAAAAGCAAGUCGGUUUAGAAAACAACGCGUCCUUAGUAUUAAGUCAGCAGUCUGAGCAGCAGCCGGAGAAGAAGCACCAGCAGCAGCAUCAACAGCAACAUCAAGAUCAUCAUCAUCAUCAUCAUCAAGCCGAGCAAACGCAACGCAUUGAUAUCGAUUUGACACCGGAGGAGCCAAAAAACGAUUUCAACUUUGCUCGCCAGGCAACUGCCACCUAUGCGCCAAUAAACUCAGCGAACUGUCCAAACUAUGAGAGUUUGCACAAGCUGCACCUGCAACAUGCGCAUCUUGUCCCAACGACGCCCUACAAUCUCGACACUGUCCCACCACAGAGUACGGUGGCAUUGGCCGUGUCGGGCGUGCCACUCUCCAUCAUGCCCAAUGAGAUACCCGCUGAGGACGAGGAGCGGCUUGAGCGGAUCUUCAACCAACUGGAUCGCGACGGCGAUGGCAAAAUCGACAUACAAGACCUGUCGGCGGCACUGCACGAGUUUGGACUCUCCAGUGUCUACGCGGUGAAAUUCCUGCAACAAUCGGACAAGGACCAAAGCGGGAAUGUGGGUUUCGCUGAAUUUCUUCAUUAUGUGCGAGAGCAUGAGAAGAACUUAUGUCUGCAGUUCUCGCACUUGGACAAAAAUCGGGAUGGCAAAGUGGACUUGGAGGAGCUGAUAUCUGCGUUCAAAGACCUUGGCCUGGACAUUGACGUUGACGAGGCUACAAAACUGCUUGGCAGAAUGGACAAAGAUGGUAGCCUAAAUAUAAGCUUUAACGAGUGGCGCGACUUUAUGCUACUGGCGCCCUCGACGGACAUUCAUGAUCUAAUCAAAUUUUGGCGGCACUCUACUGCGGGCGUGCAAGGAUGGCUGAUGUCGGUGAUGUUGCUAUUGGGCAAAUAUGUAAAGCUCCCGGAUACGGAAUUGUACCUCGACAUUGGCGAGGAUAUGAACGUACCUGAUGACUUUACGCAAAAGGAAAUGCAAACUGGUCUCUGGUGGCGACACCUCGUUGCCGGUGGCUUCGCUGGCGCAGUGUCACGCACAUGCACAGCUCCGCUGGAUAGAGUCAAAGUGUUUCUGCAGGUGCAAUCAUGUAAAAUUGGAAUCUCAGAUGGUAUGAAAAUGUUGCUUAAAGAAGGUGGCGUGAGCAGUAUGUGGCGAGGCAAUGGCAUAAACGUUCUCAAAAUUGCACCAGAAACAGCGCUUAAAUUCGCUGCCUACGAGCAGAUGAAGCGACUAAUACGAGGCAAUGACUCGACACGGCAAAUGACCAUUGUUGAACGCUUUUAUGCAGGUGCAGCAGCUGGAGGUAUCUCACAGACCAUUAUAUAUCCAAUGGAAGUAUUAAAGACACGUCUAGCGCUACGCACGACUGGUCAAUACGCGGGCAUAGCCGAUGCGGCGACUAAGAUCUACAAGACAGAGGGCGGCCGCAGCUUCUACCGUGGAUAUGUACCCAAUAUUCUUGGCAUCCUACCUUAUGCAGGCAUUGAUUUGGCCGUCUAUGAAACGCUCAAGCGGCGCUACAUAGCGAGCCACGAUAACAACGAGCAGCCAAGUUUCCUGGUGCUGUUAGCAUGUGGCAGUACAUCGAGCGCGCUUGGACAACUGUGCUCCUACCCACUGGCUUUGGUACGAACGCGGCUACAGGCACAAGCCGCCCUAACGGUAGCCAGCCAGAUACGCAAAACACAAAUUCCAUUGAAAAGCUGCGAUGCGGGGAGCAACGAAGAGACAAUGACCGGACUGUUCCGCAAGAUUGUGCGGCAAGAGGGGAUUGCGGGACUGUAUCGUGGCAUCACGCCAAAUUUCUUGAAGGUGCUGCCCGCCGUUUCCAUUAGUUAUGUUGUCUAUGAAUAUACAAGUCGAGCACUGGGCAUCAAGAUGUCGUGAUUUGUUUACCCCCUCACACUCUCUUUCGUCUGCGUGGCCGUCUGCAGUGCGGAUGCCGUUAAUAUGUGCGAAGUGCGAGUGCAAAUGCGUGUGCAGUUGACUCUAGUGCUGUGCUCUACUUUGUAUAGUAGUGGUAGGUGAGAAGAUACGCUCUCUGCUGCAAUGCCAGACUUCUCUAUAAGUUAAAUGAUUAGAUGCUUUCAUUAAGUGUAGAAAAAGCCUCUUCCAUGCUCUUGGUAUAUAUUUCUGAUAAUUUAUAGUUAAAUUAGUUUUGAUUACUUUCUAAAAAUACAAAAUAAGUGAUACUAUGGCUAAUUUAUUUAUAAAUAUGGAAGAUGUGAACAUUAAGACCGUGGAACAGGGCACGAAACCAAUCACCCAGAAGUUUCUUAAUUUAUCAACAGUAGGCUCAUGCCGUUGUAACUUUAAGUGCUAAUUUAUUUAAAAAUGAAAAUGAAAACAGGUAGAUGACGCCAGAGAGCAGUUUCGGAUAAGUCAUGCGGUUGCAAUGCUUUAUCUAUAAUACCAAAACGAAAAAAAAAAAAAAAAAAAAAAUGAAGCAAAUCGAGCAAGUGCAGUUGCGAGAGAUGGCGACGAAGCAAACCGAAUCGCAACAAAAGGUUUAUGUAAGCAUUUCAUCUCCGUUAACUGUAUAAUCUGUACCGUGUCUAGACAACUAUUAUAGGCUACAAGGUUUUUACCGAGUCCAAGUGCUUAAACUGGGGCAGGCGUAACAAAUAAAUGCAAAACUACAAAAGUAAAAAAAAAAAAAAAAUUAAACAAAAACACAUCCAAAAUGUGUGGAGAAUCAAACGAAUGAAUACUUAGGAGCGUUUUAAGCUUGUACACAAAAGACAUUUGUUUAGCAUAAAAUUACAGAAAUAACGAUUAAUACUUAACGUUUGAAAUGUGAUGAUAAUAGUUUAUAAUAUACAUGCAUAUAUAUACCUACACAUACAUACAUAUAAUGCAAGGACCGACCUAUGCGCUCCUAAAAAAAUAGUCGCAGUUUUUGUUCGACGGCGAGGCUGAAAUUUUGUAGCAUUUUAUUUGUUAAGUUUAGUGACAUUUUUCUUAGAUUGUAUUUGUGAGAGAUGCGAGCGAAGCCAACGAGAUUAAUUGUGACUAAAAUUAACAAACAAAAUCAUAUUUAUUUUAAAAACAUAUAUCAAUGAUAUAUAUGUAUCACAAAGAGCGGAAAAUAGUUUAUCCUUGAAAAAAUGUAAAAAAGCAAACCCACAAUAAGUUAAAAUAUUUCUAAAAUUUAUUUUUUUGUACCUUAUUUUUAAUUAGUCAAUUGAAUUUUUUAUGUACAUUUUUAGUGAAAAUAGUACUUCAUAUUGUGAAUUCUCUUUAUUAAUUACUUACGCAUUUUUGUAAACUGUAUACUGGACAUCAUAUUCAGGAAACAAAAAGAACACCCAACCAUUUCACCUAUUUAAUUAACACUCACCCCUUGAAAUCACAGACAAGUUCAUAUGCAUUAUUUAAAACAAACAAAUAAAUACAAACUUUAAACUACAAA